CUUCAUUUGCGUCGAAGGUUCCGAAGCUUUGUUGCGGUUUGGUGUGUCUUUUAUUUUUACGUAGAACUCAUAUCGAUCCGAUAUGCCGCGUCCGAGAAUGGAUUUUGCGACUAAUAAGUGGCGAGGCACCACGCGAGCAAGAAUGAACAGCCCUGGAGGUUAUGGGCACUGCUCAAUUGGCUCAUUCCUCGGUGCUUCUGGAAGGUACGCGUCACGUCUGUUUGGUUGGACAGCCACCAAGUUGACUUGGAUGUCAGCGCCUGUUGUCAUCAGAACCUGGUUCUUGUGCUGCCACAUCAUUUUUAGUGGUGGCACUGUCGUCACCUCCCAAAGCUUGCGCUCCCCGAGUUCCCAUUCAAGAUGGUGCUGCCACGGACUUUGGCUCGUGGGGGUGCCGUCGCUACUGACAAAGCCUGUGCUCCCCGUCGUCCCUGUUGAAAUGGUGGCUGGAACUUGGAGAGGGUUUGCUGCCACAGCCGGAUCCAGUGUUACAUUCCUGUGGCUUUUUGGUUUUUCCCAAUUAUUGAAGGGAGUUGCAGGCUUAUCAUGGGCGACACAGUGCUUUGCUCGCACCUUCACGGAGUGCAGCAAUGUGGGGAAGCAAGUCGAGGACAGCCUCUUUCGAUUUCUGUCCCGGGGGCGCUAUGCUCUUCCAGGACCGGUUUCCGUGAACAUAACAGCCGAGAAAACAUGUGAGCAAGGUUCUUCUGUGCAUAUUUUUGAAUGUGCUGCAAGAAUAUUUCUGGUUAUAUGCCCACUUAAUUUAUAAUGUUUUUCUUCUUUCAGCUGACACCUUACAGACAUGUCAGGAAGCAAGGAAAGGUUCUUUUUUCACUCAUCGUUUACAUUUGGGUGAUUAACUUAGUCUUGAAAAAAAAACACGUCAUUUUAAUGACAUUGUGAUAAAUAAAUUUUGGGUCUUUAAAUUGUCCUUCAA